AUGGUGAGUGUUUUUCUACAAGCCCAGGAGGUUGACUACUUUCAGAAUAUGAUGUCUGCAAUGGGGAAACCGUUUGCUGAGGCCAUCAAGAUUGGUGAAAUGGUCGAGAACGGUCUGAAAACAGGGCGCACAUUGAGCCAGUCUACCAUAAGAGCUACAUCCCAAGAAAUUCAAAGCGGGUCUGGAGGUGUUGCGAACAGAAAGAAAAAGGAAGAAGUGGCAAUGGCGGCUUCAGGUCCAAGAAACCCCCGUCCACCCAGAAGUUAUUUCUCUCCACGUACCCCACAGCAUUAUUAUCCCCACCAGGAUGUGGCUUAUGCUAUGGCCCCCCAACCGUACGCAGUGAUGAACGCCCAGCCAUGCACUAGGCCACAACAACAGUUUAACCAAAACAGAGCUCCACCUCCUAGAAAUAACCCUCCCUACCAAGCUCAGUAUAAUCCCCGACCUCCACAGAAUAAUUUCCCUUACAAUGCCCGUGCUCAGGAACCACCCAAAAGAACAAAAUUCAUGCAUAUUGGUGAACCAUACUCUAGCCUUUUCCCUAAACUUGUACAAAUAGAUAAGGAGUUUGAUCCCGCCUUGAAAACUUUCAUUGCCAUCGCUAAUGUCGAAAAGAAACCAAAGGCUGCUCCAAAGCAAGACAAUGGGGAGAAUAAGAGUAAACCCACCCGUCAAAGUGCAGAAAAUACAAUGGAAACCAAAACUGGGGCAGUACCCCCAAACUAUGCCAUUCUUUAUGUUCCCCGGGGUCACAGGAAAGAACAAAUGACAUUGAGCCCUCCAAGAAGAUUCGAGCUGAACAAGGGACCUAAGAUGUACAUGCCUAAAGGGACCUAUGUGGUACGGGGGCCAGUAAUUUUACCAAGGUUGAAUGAGCCCGUGGUUAUUGGCUGCGCACCGCAGAAGCCCAUGACAGACCCCACUGCUGUCCCAUGGAGUUACAACAAGGCGGCAGUGACAUACAAGGGAAAAGCCAUCCUAGGGGAAGCAAAUGAAACUAACCUAGCUGAGAAAUACCUUAACCAUGAGGAUUUGAACAAAGCCAAGAAGAAGUGUUUCGCACUCAAGAAGCCCGUCAGUGCUGAGGAGGCCGAAGAAUUCUUCUGUAAAAUGAAAACUGCAGACUACGAGGUUAUAGACCAUCUCGGGAAAUCUCCUUCACAGGUCUCACUCCUGUCCCUACUGUUGAGCUCAACCGAGCAUCCAAAAGUGUUGAUAAAUACCCUCAAUGAAGCUUACGUUCCGAUUGAAACCAUCGUUGAACAACUGGAAAGGAUGGCAGAAAGAUUCUUCGCAAUCAACCAGAUCUCCUUUAGUAAGAAUGAUUUGCCCCCGGAAGGGGCCAGUCACAACAGAUCCCUUCAUUUGAUAGUAAAAUGUGAGGGGUACUAUGUGAAAAGAGUCAUGCUGGAUGGCGGGUCCGGAGUUGAUAUCUGCCCUCUCUCAACUUCGCAAAGAAUGGAGAUCGGGACUGAGAGAAUAAGGCCUAACAAUGUCUGUGUGCGUGGCUUUUAUGGUAUCAAGAGAGACACCAUAGACGAGAUCGACUUGAUUUUGACUAUUGGUCUUGAUUUCGAGGUGACAUUUCAGGUCCUGGACAUGGACACUUCUUAUAAUUUCCUCUUGGGAAGGCCUUAG